UGUAAUCUUCCCGCGGUCGCGUUUGCAAGCUGUCGAUUACCACCAGCCGACGGAAAAGAUCAUCACUCCGGGUUCCGGUUCGGAGGUUGCCUCGCACGAGUUUCGCCGAUUUAUUCGCCAUCAUCACCACCGUCAUCGUUGUCCGCUGGUCACACCGCUGGACCGGUGGAUUGUGGAUUGGGUAAUUGCGUUGCUCAGCAUUGGCAGCGCGGCUAGCUGCCUACAGGCGGUGAAAUAUUUUUGCAUACCGGAUUUGGGGCUGUGCACUGAGGGACCGGUUGUUUUCGGUGGCCGCGGUUCGACGGAAAUUUGAGUGGUUUGUUGAUAAUUGGUUUGAAAUUGGAAAAAAAAGUGAAAGUGUGGAAACGAGUUCUUUUCCUAAAUCUAUCCGCCCGCUGACAACACUGUUUGUGAGUGAGAAGGCGCCACUAGUUUUGCUAAUCUAGCACCAUAAGAGUAGAAUUUAGUGUGAUUUUAACCAAAAGCCUGUACAACUUUAGUGAUACAUCUAGGAUAGUGAAGUUUUUAGAGCAACUGUUAACAACACUCAUAAUCGAGCUUUGGAUGAAAGCUUUAAUCGUGUAGUAGCUGUUUAAAGGAAUACCUAGAAAACCCCUUUGCUGUAACGGACAUAUGUUCCAAAUCUUAUGAUCAACCAGGACCAAACCCAAACCCGACGACUGCGGGUGUGAAGAAGUAUCGUCGUUUUUCGCAUCAGAGCAGUCGAACCUCGGCCGUUCGCCCAUCCAGCUAGGAUUAUAAGGGAGAGCCUCGUCGUCGACUGCGGAAAAUUACACAGUGUAGCUAUAUCGAAGUGUUUUUGGCCUUUCCUAGUGUGUAGAAUGUGUGCCCCGGAUCAAACGGAAUCCCGAGAGUAAACGUCAAGUCAAUUACCAGAGCCUGAAACAAGGACUGAUAGAGUUUUUUUUAAUAUAAGAAAGAUAAGUAACAAAUAUUUACCCAGGUGAAAAUAUAAGUUUAACGGAAUGAACCGAAAAAGUUACCAGUUAAUAAUCAUCAGGGCUAACGAAAUGUGCGCGACUUCCGAACGGAAAAGUUUCGUACUGUGAGCGGUUUUGUGGUCGUGUGCCAUCGGAGUAGAAGUUUGAUUAGCCUUUUCUACAGAGCUUUUUUAUGUUUGUUCUUCGAUCAUACCGAUAAAGAAUCCAACGUAACGCCAAUCCACCAGGUACAUGUUUUGUCAAGAUUUCGUUUGAUGUUCCGUGCCUGAUCCCACUAGACGCGAAAAGUUUGGCACUCAAUCAUCAUAUUCAUCACUAGAGCGUCAAAGUCAGUGUUUGUGUGUGUUCAGUGUUGUGUUAAGGCUGGUUUGGAAGUCAGAACAGUGUAAAAAUCUAAAUCAACCGGCAUCUAGUCCUAGAGUGGGAAACAGGCUGACCAGUCAGCCAGUCAGCAAGUCCUUCUACUAUGUUUUGUAAAUGUUUGAUGUUUUACCCGGACCCACACUGCUUGCAACACUGGUUAUCAGUAGUCCAACCGGUGCCAUCCGCUACUAAACACCGCUCGAAGAUGCCCUCUAAUCUAUAUUAGGUCCCGACUGCGGUUCCACUUGUUGUAAUAUACCCUUCUACUUGGUUCCUGCCCGAGUGUGUGUGGCUGUGUGACCACUAUUCGUACUACUACCACUCCACUACUAUGGGAUUACCCGUACCGCACCAAUGUCCGUAGAGCAAGAAACACCAGUCACCAGUAUGUCGCUAUUCUUCUUCCGGCUGCACAACCUCCAGCGCGAGGAAGCGAACAAGAAGCGCAAAAAGGCCCAACAGCAGCAGCAGCAGCGACAGCGGCAGCGUCGCGGCGCCAAAGUCUUCCGCGGGGCAUCCUGCAAUUCCGGCAUCAGCCACCUGACGCUUGGGCCGUCGCGGCUCUUCGAGAAGACCCCGAUGAGUCCGUCCGACAGUCUGGACGAGAUCGCGCUGCAGAUUCCAAGAGUACGGGUAGAAUACUAUGUAAAUGAAAAUACAUUCAAAGAAAGACUGCAACUAUAUUUUAUAAAAAAUCAAAGAUCAAGUUUAAGGAUUCGUAUCGCUAACCUACUGUUCAAGUUACUAACUUGUAUUUUGUAUAUAUUUCGAGUAGUUUCGGACCUCGAUCCAACGUUCGCGACUUGCCACGGCUGCAAGGUUUCGAACAAGACGGAAUUUCUAGACUCAGCCAAACUGACGGAGGAGGAGUUCCAGGAGAAUCCGAUCAUCAACUGGGACGCGAUUCUGUGGGUGAACCGGUCAACGGAGCUGUGGGCAGUGCAGCUGGUCCUGGCGCUCAUCUCGCUCACGGAGGCCCUGCUGAUUGCCUACCUCGGGUACAAGGGAAAUAUAUGGCAGCAGAUUCUAUCAUUCCAUUUCAUUUUGGAACUUGUUACAACGAUACCAUUCACGAUUACGAUAUUAUGGCCUCCGUUCAGGAAUUUGUUCAUACCAGUAUUCCUCAACUGUUGGCUGGCUAAGCGCUCGCUGGAGAAUAUGUUCAACGAUCUGCACCGAGCAAUGCAGAAAUCACAGUCAGCCCUCUCCCAGCAGCUGACAAUCCUGUCGGCAACCUUACUGUGCUUAGUUUUCACAAGCGUGUGCGGUAUCCAGCACUUCCAGCGGGCCGGCCAUCGGCAUCUGAAUCUCUUCCAGAGUACGUACUACGUGGUGGUGACGUUCUCCACCGUCGGCUACGGGGACUUUGUGCCGGACAUUUGGCCCUCGCAGCUCUACAUGGUGAUCAUGAUCUGCGUGGCGCUGAUCGUACUACCGACGCAGUUCGAACAGCUUGCCUUCACGUGGAUGGAACGGCAAAAGCUGGGUGGCAGCUAUUCGUCGCACCGGGCCCAGAGUGAGAAACACGUGGUUGUCUGCUCCACAACAUUGCACGCCGACACCAUCAUGGACUUCCUGAACGAAUUCUACGCCCACCCGCUGCUGCAGGACUACUAUGUGGUGCUGCUCAGCCCGAUGGAGCUGGACACGACCAUGCGGAUGAUACUGCAGGUACCAAUCUGGGCCCAACGGGUGAUCUACAUUCAGGGAUCCUGCCUGAAGGAUGGUGAUUUGGCCCGCGCCCGGAUGGCCGAAGCGGAGGCGUGCUUCAUUUUGGCAGCACGAAAUUACGCAGACAAGACGGCCGCCGAUGAGCAUACGAUCCUGCGUUCGUGGGCGGUUAAGGAUUUCGCCCCGAACGUGCCACAGUAUGUGCAAAUAUUUCGACCAGAGAACAAGUUACAUGUCAAAUUCGCCGAGCACGUCGUCUGCGAGGACGAGUUCAAAUACGCACUACUGGCAAACAACUGCACAUGCCCCGGGGCGAGCACACUGGUGACGCUGCUGCUGCAUACGUCAAGAGGACAGGAAGGCCAACAGUCGGCAGAGGAGUGGCACCGGUUGUACGGUAAAUGCUCGGGCAACGAAAUCUACCACAUCGUGCUAGGCGACAGCCGAUUCUUCGGAGAGUAUGAGGGAAAAAGCUUUACGUACGCUAGUUUUCAUUCGCAUAGGAAAUACGGCGUGGCCUUAGUUGGUGUUAGACCGGCUGAACUACCGGAGUUCUACGAGGACACCAUUCUGCUGAAUCCCGGUCCCCGACAUAUCAUGAAAAAGGACGACACAUGCUACUAUAUGAGCAUCACCAAGGAGGAAAACUCGGCCUUCGUGGUGAACCAGAACCAAAAUCAAAGCCCCGACCAGCCUCCGAAGGAGGAAUCAACGCAUAACAACAACAACAACAACAACAGUACGACCGCUAGCAAUAAUCCGCAAAUGGCCCCAGUGCCUUCCGUCUGUGUACGAGUACCUCACAGUCCAAGUCUGUGCUCAGUCAACUCAGACAGUCCCGGGUCACCGCGGAGGAUUAGCAAACCCCCCGCGUGCAUUGUGCUGGACAGUGAUGUCACCACACUAGCCGUGCCCACCUACACCGAGAGUGCACCCAAUUCCGCCUCGAACGCCAUCACCUUGUCGGACUCGAAAUCGAACCUCAAGGAGGCCAGCACACUGGCCACCACUACGACUGCGUCCACGCUGGGUCCACCGGCCAUCACGACGGCCAACCAUCUGGAAAUUCCGACCAACAACAAUCCCAACCUGCUCAGCCCGGACAUUCUGAACCAGCGAAGAGGAAGCCGUAGACCAUCGAUUCUGCCGGUGCCGGACAUGUUCACGUCGUCCUCGUUCAGCAUAUCCGGUGAGGACGGGAUCGACGGGGAGGACAACGAGAGCGACGACGAGCUGGACGAUGACGUCCCGUGGAGGUCGCCCUCGGAGAAGAUCGCCGGUCUCGGAAGUGCCGAGCUGUCCUUGCUGCAAACGGUUUCGCUCGCAAUGAGCUCAUCUGGCGAGUCGAAAUGUUGUAGUUCAACGUCCGAUAGCAAAGAUUCUGCCCAUCCACCCCCUGCAUGGCGUACCGAUUGCUCCCGAAUUGUCAAAGGUUUUCCCCCCGUUUCGCCUUUCAUCGGAGUCAGUCCGACGCUGUGCUUCCUGCUGAAGGAGAAAAAACCACUCUGCUGCCUACAACUUGCUCAAGUCUGCGAACACUGUAGUUACCGAAACGCUAAAGAAUACCAGUGGCAAAACAAAACCAUCAUCCUAGCUGCUGACUAUGCCUCGAAUGGUAUCUACAACUUCAUCAUACCCCUGAGGGCGCACUUCCGCUCGAAAACCUCGCUAAAUCCGAUCAUUCUGCUGCUGGAACGGCGACCGGAUAUAGCCUUCCUGGAUGCCAUCUCCUACUUUCCACUGGUUUACUGGAUGUUGGGUUCCAUCGAUUGCUUGGAUGAUCUGCUGCGUGCUGGCAUCACGCUUGCCGAGAAUGUUGUGGUAGUCAACAAGGAACUGUCCAAUUCGGCCGAGGAAGACACACUAGCCGAUUGUAAUACCAUCGUUGCAGUGCAAACCAUGUUCAAGUUCUUCCCGAGCAUUCGCAGCAUUACUGAGCUGUCACAGAGUUCGAACAUGAGGUUUAUGCAGUUCCGAGCGCACGACAAAUACGCCCUACACUUGAGCAAAAUGGAGAAGCGAGAGAAGGAGCGAGGUUCGCACAUAUCAUACAUGUUCCGAUUGCCGUUCGCCGCCGGGAACGUUUUCAGCGCUUCGAUGCUCGACACCCUGCUGUAUCAGGCUUUCGUCAAGGACUACGUAAUCACCUUCGUGCGACUGCUGUUGGGUAUCGACCAGGCACCAGGCAGCGGCUUCCUAACUUCGAUGAAAAUCUCAAAGGAUGACAUGUGGAUCCGGACGUACGGCCGGCUGUACCAGAAACUGUGUUCGACCACCUGUGAAAUUCCGAUCGGCAUCUACCGCACCCAGGAGACGAGCGGCGCGGAAGCGUCACAUGUGAGUAGUUCGCCCAUCACCGAAAAAUGGCGUCCCUUCGGAUCGUUUGGCAUUAAACAUUGUGUGCGGUUGCGACCAACGUGCGAAGAGGAAGUGGUGACCACAACGGCCACCGCCAGCAGCACUUCGGCAUCCGGCAUCCCGAUCAAGGGCGUCGCGGAAGCGAACCUCCGUGGCGUUACCUAUCGUCCGCCACCGACGAGCAUACGCAAGUCUUCGUCCUGUCUCGGGGGAUGUACCGGCCGCCGGGGAUCGAGCUAUUCAAUCAAUAUGGCGGACGAGGCGCGCGACAAUCAUAUGCAGCAAAUCGAACGGGCGGAGAUAGCGAAUCUGGUCCGGAGUCGCAUGGAGUCGCUCAAUCUACCUAGCAUCGACUAUGACGACGUGAGCGAGAAACGGAACAAUCUGUCCUACGUGAUCAUCAAUCCGUCGUGCGACUUGAAGCUGGAGGAGGGUGAUAUCAUAUACCUCGUGCGACCGUCGCCAUUCUCCGCCCAGAAGACGUUCGAACGGCACAACUCGCGCCGCAAGUCCAACAUAUCAUUCUGCUCGAAUAUCAAUCUAGCGGCGGCCGCGGCCGGUUCCCGGCGUGGAUCGGGCAUCGGACUGAAUACCAUUGGUGGUCCUCAGCCGAUGUCAGGUUACGUAACGCCACGAGCUCCCCCGCUGGUCACAACAAAAUCGAAUUCUCUAUCUCUUCCAGAUAGUCCUAAUGCAAUGGGACAGUUGAGGGGACGCAGCAAUUCCCUCAGGAUCGACAGUGACAUUCUGUUGAGGCGCUCCAACUCAUUGCGGCAAGGUCUUCCGAACAUUGGCAACACUGGCAGGCGGAAAUCAUCGCUGGAGGAGAUUGGCAUCAGUCACUUCGCGACGCUGAUGCAAGCGACGAAUCACAGCAACCCGAUCAAAAUCGCACUCAACGGCAGCAUCGGACUAGAGGUGACACCUCCGGAGGAGCCACUUCCCGUGAUCGGUGUUCCCGUGCCAACCGGAAGCGGUGGAGGAGUGAAUCCGUCUGGAUUGGGUGCGUCCAUGGGUUUGGGAGGAUCAUCGCUCGGACUUAGCACAAUCCAUGACUCAUCGAACGGAAGUGGAAGUUCGAAUAGUGCUGGAGGAGGUGUCGGCGGAGGACUGGUCAGUGGGUCUGCGUCUAAUUUAUCGAAUAUGCAAAACGAAUCCAGCAGCAGCGGUAACCAGCAGCCUCAGCACCUUCACGGCACAAUAGUAUGAUAUAACUUGAUGUGGGGCCGCAGGCUCCGCUCGGCGGUGCGAAACAACAAGUGGAUAUAGAAGUAGCCUCACACUCGUAGCAGCUACAGCAGAUACUAACUAGGAUCAGCGGAAGUACCUGCCUGUGCGCAUAUCCACUCUGACUACAUACACACACACCCACACAUACAAAGUGAACUAGUACGUUUUUUCCCUAGUACCUAUCGACGCUUGAACUGAUUAGUACGUUUAGUAGAGUGACAAGUAGCGGCUGGUAGUGCAAACUGAAGGCGAAAGUAUGCUGCACUCACACAAUUCACACAACAGAAACGAGGAAAAUCGACGAGAAGCGGUUUGAACGGUGACAUUCAAUGAAUGUAAUAGUCUAUUGUAGGAAACAAAACAAAAUAAUGACACACUCACGCGAAAUUUUCGCGUGUAAAAACCAUAGAAGAAGAAAAAACCACAACCUUGGGAACAAAGUAACGUAAACAUGACAUAGCAUCAGCAUUCGUUAUUUAUUCUGUAAAUACAUAAGAAAUUUUUGUUGUUGCUAUCCGAGUGAGGAUAAUUUUGUAAUUAAAAAUAGUAGGUACUGAUCACAUCAGUGCAGCACGUAGUUUACAGUAAGACUUAAUGGAACCAAAAACAGAAAGAAAAAAAGAAAUGAAUCAUCUUACCAGAAGACAUUGUACAUAUUGCCUCAGAAGCAAACCAAACAUGUCAACACAAUUAACAAACACAACAAUGGACGGAAAUAUAAGUACGGGACGGGAUCGCUGCGCAAAAUAGUUCGAUUGAUUCUUCUUUGCGUAACUUUUGGCAAGUCAAUUUUUUUUUCACUGUGGAAAAUUUUGUGAUCCAUAUUAUCUAAGUCGAUUAAAACUUGGCUAAAUUGUUUAUGACAGCUUUUUUAUCGAUUAAUGUUUUAAAACAAGAGUUUUUGCUAUGAAAAUUGGGGUAAGUUUCUACUAUUUUUUCUUUAACCGAAAUUUUGCAUAUUUUUCAGUUUGCUUAAAAUCAAUCUACAAUGCAAAAUGUUAAAAAUUUUAGGAAAUAGUUGAAAAACAGUAUUGAUUAAGUCAAAAAAUGCUGGAGAAUCAACCGACCAAUUGCACACAUUCCGUUAUCAUGUAAAUAGAAAAAAAAACAUUACACAAAGUAAAAACUUGUUGAACUCUCGAACCCGCAUGAUUACUAUUAAAAUCAGUGCAGUUUGUUUGAUCAAAAUCUCUAUCAAGUGGUCCAAGUAGCUUUUUUGUUGAUGAAUGAUGCUAAAAGCACAAACAAACAAAGCACGGUAGUCACUGACAACAUGCUAUCCAAUUUCUAGUGAAAACAGUUUUGCACGUCAAAGCAAGAUAAGCCUGAUUGCCUCGGAAUAACAUUGAUUAGUGUGUGCAGAUCGGUAAUCUUGAAGAUUUGGCAGCGGGAGACGUUCCUUGCGAGGUUAGAACAUUUUUGAGGUUAUAAAACCGCAUUCCGUUUAACAUAUUGAGGUAAAUAUCGUUGCACUACAAACGUGAUAUCCUGUAGUUCUUCAAAGAAAAAUUAGCAUCUGUUAGCAUUCAAAAGAAGGACAAAAGAUAUAUUUUCAUAGCUUCAAUUUGUUAUUCCGACACUCUAUCUAGACUGGCGAGCACAAAAACCUCGAACGCCCUGAAGCUGCUAUUUGUUGACUAUUUACUAAAAUUUUGCUACUUAUUUACUCAAAAAAAGAUGCGAAGAAACAAAAACACCUCAUUGUUAGAUCCUUACCUUAUAGUAGUUAUAGUUUUAAUAAAAUGUUUAAAAUCUCCCCUCCGUUGCUGUGUGAAUAUUGUACAGUUUCGCUUUAAGGACAAAUACUAGGAGCCAAUCAAUUGAAUUUUAUUGAAUCUUAUAAGAACAAAUCACGAUUAAGAAAAAUAUCUCUUCCGUUUAUUAAUUAUCGUCUCAAUCGUUUUCAAAUCGAAAAAAAAAAUGAAACACAGAACAAACGCUUUGGUAUACUGUAAACGCUUUACUAUGAAAUUAAUAAAAAAGAGGAUUAAUUACUUGCAUGGCCGUUUUCACAAUUCAUCUGCGCCGUUGUGUACCGCGGAUGAAUUCGGAAGCCCAUCCACGUGGUAAGACCUCUGAUUGCAAGUUGUUUCCAUAUCCCCAGUAGUACUCUAGAGCAGUGUGUUUAGCAACUAUUAAGAAUGUUAUCAAACAAAUGAAACAUCAAGUAAACUUAAUGGAAACAAAGAAACUAUAAAAGGCCUUAGAAAUGACAAAAGAAACCAACUAAAUAUGAUACAAGAAAUAAAAGGAAAGAGAAAAAGUGGCGCUCGGAUGCGCCAAAAACGGAUUUCUGUACGUUAUUCUAGGGAGAACAAAAUUUUCGUGUUUAAUUUUGUAAGAUAGUUAUCACACCACACAAGAAUUAGCUUUCCCACAAAAUGUAACUCAAGUUAAACAUCUUAGACAGAUAAUCUCACCCGACGACGAUGUCUGCGCUUUUGGUGAUUGGCAUAACCUUUUUCUUUCAUUUUUUGCUUUGGUUUUAGAACGAUUCACUGUUUUCUACACGCAAACUUUACACUUAGUUCUAUGAGAAUAGAGUAGCAGAUGAGGCAACUAAUGGUUCUAAUUUUUCAAUACGAGAAUUGAAUAAGUCAAGUGAAAAUUGUAAGAUAUGCUAAAACACAAAAAGAAAAUUCAAAACUCAAUCUCAACCUAGAUGAAAGGUAAAUUGAAAAUUUAUCUCUUUUUUUACUAAUGGAGUCAAGAAAUAUAAGAAUUCUUAUGAUCAA